CCUCCCUCCCGCCCUUUUCCAGGUGACGUGAUGCCCGUUGUUUUGGUCGGCCCGACCAAUGGGGCUCGCCGCUCGUCUUCUACGGGAGCCGGGAUGGGCCCGUCGUGGCGGCAACCGGACUCCCCUCUGCCGACCAUAACGCAUUGCGCAGGGUGCACCACCGCCUGGUCCUCCUGCAGCUUUAACAGCUCUGACAUGGACACGCCGCUGCAGUUCCAGGCGGGCUUCUGCUCAGAGCGGCAGCAGCAGCCACAGCAGCAGCAGCACCACCACCAGCAGCACCAGCAGCAGCAGCCGCAUUGCCAGCAACAAGAGAAGCCUCAGGCGCCGCCGCUGCCAGGCAGCCCUUGCCUCCAGUGCAACCACUUGCCCUGCGCCUACUCGUCCUCCUCGGGGGAGCCGCUCCUGCUGCGGACCUCCUCGCCCCUCUCGGGCGCCCCUUUCCGGACCUCCUCCCGCCCGGGCGAGCUGACCCCCUCCAGCCAUGCCAGCGCGCCCAGGCAGCCCUCCGCCUCUGCCGCCGCCUCCUCCUCCUCCUCCCAGUACGCCGCCCAGCCCCACCACUCCCACUACCCCCAGUGCCAACCCGCCGGCAGCCCCAACAGCACCUUCAGCAGCGGCAGCCUCCAGUACCACCAGUAUCCCCCGUCCUCCCAGCAGCAGCAGCAGCAGCCGCGCCGGGAGAGCAACCCCUUCACGGAAAUAGCCAUGAGCAGCUGCAGGUACAACGGCGGCGUCAUGCGGCCGCUCAGCAACCUCAGCUCCUCCCGGAGGAACCUCCACGAGCUGGACUCCGAGGCGCAGCCGCUCCAGCCCCAGCAGCAGCCUCCGCAGCCCGUCAGCCCCUCCGCCUCGGCCUCGGCCGCCGCCGGACCCGAGAUCGUCGUCUCCAAGCCCGAGCACAACAACUCCAACAACUUGGCGCUCUACGGCUCGGGCGGAGCGGCGGCAGGAGGAGGAGGAGGCGGGAGCCAGACCAACAGCGGCGGGAAGUCGAGCAAGAAGAAGAACCAGAACAUCGGCUACAAGUUGGGCCACCGCCGGGCGCUCUUCGAGAAGCGGAAGCGGCUCAGCGACUACGCGCUCAUCUUCGGCAUGUUCGGCAUCGUGGUCAUGGUCAUCGAGACCGAGCUCUCCUGGGGCGCCUACAGCAAGGAGUCGCUGUAUUCAUUAGCCCUAAAAUGCCUUAUUAGCCUCUCUACAAUCAUUCUGCUUGGUCUGAUCAUUGUAUACCACGCAAGGGAAAUUCAGCUGUUUAUGGUGGAUAAUGGAGCAGAUGACUGGAGAAUAGCCAUGACUUAUGAGCGCAUUUUCUUCAUCUGCUUGGAAAUCUUGGUGUGUGCUAUACAUCCUAUCCCUGGCAACUAUACAUUCACAUGGACAGCUCGGCUUGCUUUCACCUAUAUCCCAUCUACGGCAAUAGCUGAUGUGGAUAUAAUUUUAUCCAUACCAAUGUUCUUAAGACUUUAUCUUAUUGCCAGAGUUAUGCUUUUGCAUAGCAAACUUUUCACUGAUGCCUCAUCCAGAAGCAUUGGAGCACUAAAUAAGAUAAACUUCAAUACUCGUUUUGUUAUGAAGACUCUAAUGACAAUAUGCCCAGGAACUGUACUUUUGGUUUUUAGUAUCUCCUUGUGGAUAAUUGCUGCAUGGACUGUCAGAGCUUGUGAAAGGUAUCAUGAUCAACAGGAUGUUACUAGCAACUUCCUUGGAGCAAUGUGGUUGAUUUCAAUAACUUUUCUCUCCAUUGGAUAUGGUGAUAUGGUACCUAAUACGUACUGUGGGAAAGGAGUCUGCUUGCUUACUGGAAUAAUGGGUGCUGGCUGCACUGCACUGGUGGUGGCUGUGGUGGCAAGGAAAUUAGAACUUACCAAAGCUGAAAAACAUGUGCAUAAUUUCAUGAUGGAUACCCAGCUAACUAAAAGAGUGAAAAAUGCAGCUGCCAAUGUACUCAGGGAAACAUGGUUAAUUUAUAAGAAUACAAAGCUGGUAAAAAAGAUAGAUCAUGCAAAAGUAAGGAAACAUCAGCGCAAAUUCUUGCAAGCUAUUCACCAAUUACGAAGUGUUAAAAUGGAACAGAGGAAAUUAAAUGAUCAGGCAAACACCUUGGUGGACUUGGCAAAGACUCAAAACAUCAUGUAUGAUAUGAUUUCUGACUUAAAUGAAAGAAGUGAAGACUUUGAGAAGAGGAUUGUUACUCUGGAAACAAAACUGGAAACAUUAAUUGGUAGCAUUCAAGCUCUCCCUGGACUGAUUAGCCAGACAAUCAGCCAACAACAAAGGGAUUUCCUUGAAGCUCAGAUACAAAACUAUGAUAAGCAUGUUACCUACAGCGCAGAACGGUCAAGGUCCUUGUCUAGGCGAAGGAGGUCUUCCUCCACAGCACCACCCACUUCAUCAGAGAGUAGCUAGAAGAAAAUAAGUUAACCACAAAAUAAAGACUUUUUGCCAUCAUAUGGUCAAUAUUUUAGCUUUUAUUGUAAAGCCUUAUGGUUCUAAUCAGUGUUAUCUGGGUUCUGAUGUCAGAAUUCUGGAAACCUGAACACAAAGUUUUAGGCCAAAAUGAGUGAAAACUCUCUCUAUCUCUCUUUUCUUUUCAGAUGCACAGUGAAUGCACCUAUUAUUGCUAUAUAGAUUGUUCCUCCUGUAAUUUCACUAACUUUUUAUUCAUGCACUUCCAACAAACUUUACUACUACAGUAUACAAUAUAAUAAAAGGGUUAAUUUCUGCACAUAGUUGCUUGGUCACUUUGACUUUAACAUUCCCAGUUCUUAUUAAUUUUUUUACGGAAAUGUUGAAUACGCCUCAGUUAUUAGAAAACUGAGCUUAUUCUGUAACAUCAUUCAGAGAUAAUCUUACUUCACAUACUUGCUAUGCAGAAAAAGAGGGGUUAAUGUGUAUGAUGUAUUGAUUUAAAAGACUGUGUUAAACUGUAACUGUCUAUGGUUCUAGUUCUAAUUCACCUUUUGUCCAUCCAGUUAAUGUAAGCAGGAUCAUGCAUGCAUAACUGGUGCAGGAUUCCACCAACUUCCUGACACAUAUAUGCCAAAUCUGCAUGUCUGUCUUGAAAGUUGUCAUUGUCAUUUUCAUUUUCAUUAGGUCAGCUGGAAACAGUGAACUGAGAAGUUACUUUUUUCAAUUAAUGGCUUCUAAGUUCAGAAAUGACAAUUGCUGCACCAGCUCCUUAUUGCUCACUUCCUCCAUCACUGACUGCAUGCUGUAGGGUCUUCUAGAUUAUUUAUGCCAAAUAGUUUACAAAAAUGGGGAAAGGGCUGAUAUAUAGUUCUUCAAAUCAUUUUAACAUUUCUCAAAUGGGGAUUGGCAGGAAUAGCAUUUAUUUAUGUUUGUCUUAAGAGAAAGUCUUCAUUGAUCAAAAAUGUCUUGGCAUCUCAAUGUAUUGUGUGUCUUUUAUGUGCUAGUGAGAUCUCUGUAAACUCUUCCAUUUAUCCAAACUUCUCAAUAUCUAUAUGCAGUGUUCCAUUCUGCUAAAUAAGGUUGUACAUGAUAUUGACAUUGAACAUCUGUGCAUAGAUGUACCUAGAAUUGACUGGUCUUUAGGACAUGUCUUGAUGCAGCAAAAUAACGGAAAACCUAAAAUUUGCAAAGAACCAAAAGAGGAAACAACAGCUGCACGCAGCACAAUUAUAAUAGAAAUAUCUAUUAAACCUGAAUACUUUUAGAAUUGCACAUAACUAUAGCAAUGUAACAAUACAGGGUGUUUCACAAAGAUGGACCUGAUUUGAAGUCACUACAUCUCUGCAACCAUGAAUGAAACUCUUGAAAGGAUGAGGUAUGGCGUUUCAAAUGAUUACUAUCAAAUGCCUCUCUCACCACAUAAACAGCCCCUAGCCUCAGUCAUUCAAAAGAUGGCAACUCUGCAACAUAAGAUGCUUUUUGUUUUGCAGUUCAGCAAGACUGAAUCUGUAAUUGCAGUACACCAUGAAGGGUACAUAAAACAUUUAUAAAAUAGUUAGUAAAACUUGACAACUUGAUAACUCAUUAACCUAUUCAUAACAUUUUGUGUAAUUGCCAUCAUAAAAUGUAUUGCAUUGAAAUUGAGUCCAUCAUUUUGAAACGCCCUGUAUUAUGUCUCAAUAUCAUGCAGUGGAUAGCUGAAAAUGUUCUAUUUUUAUAAUGUUCUUUUUCAAGGUCAAAGACAGAAAUAUAUAGUAUUUGUAUUUAGAAAUGCAUAUCUUUAUUAUAAUUGUACUACUUGAAGCUAUGUUUUGGUUCUUUGCACGUUGUUGCAUUUUCAGUUAAUUUACUAUCAAAAAUUGUCCUAUUUUGUGAUAUUGUUGAUCUGAUAGACGAAAAAACCCUCACCCUCCACACAAAAGGGUGAGAGUUUGUAGAUUUCGUGGGGCACGGUUGUGACCACAUUUGGAACAAACCUGUAAUAUACAUAUUGCAUUACAAGCUAAUCCUCAAAAUGGACAUCUCUGCAUCUUCGUAGGCAAAUUUGAAAGCUUUUUCUCUUUCAACAUGCUGGUGCUGAAAGGAUUAAUGAAUUACUAGAUUAUAUUGGAGCAAAUUUCAGUUGUGUCCCAACACUGGCUCUAAAGAAAGACUUGGUGAGGUUUUGAAAUGUGUUACAACAAAACAGUCAUGCAUUUGACCAUUGUUUCUCUAACUACUUGUGCAUUUGGUCAAGUAUACCAGAAUGCCUUGCCAAAUGCAUAAACAGAAAGGUGGGCGGGGUUAUCAAAUUACUUAAUAAAAAAAAUCAGUUAAAAAGUA